CUGACACUAGUGUGUCACAAGCAUAUUGAAUAUCGAGUUGUUGAAGUACAAGUUACCGUUCGUUAGCGCCAAUCUAGAAUUCAAAGUCAUAAGUUGUAGUCGACUUCAUCAGGCUCCCCAGAAAUGCCUGAAACUGAUGCAGGUUACGAAGAUGGUGUGGAAGAACGUGUUAUUAAUGAAGAAUAUAAAAUUUGGAAAAAGAAUACUCCUUUCCUGUAUGAUAUGGUUAUGACUCACGCCCUGGAAUGGCCAAGCCUUACAGCUCAAUGGUUACCUGAAGUCACAAGACCAGAAGGUAAAGAUUUUUCUAUUCAUCGACUUAUCUUGGGAACUCAUACAUCUGAUGAACAAAAUCACUUACUUAUUGCUAGUGUUCAUAUGCCAAAUGAUAAUGCUCAAUUUGAUCCUAAUAGUUAUGAUGUUGAACGUGGUGAGUUCGGUGGGUUUGGUGCAGUAACCGGUAAAAUUGAGAUCAAUAUAAAAAUCAAUCACGAGGGUGAAGUAAAUCGAGCUCGUUAUAUGCCACAGAAUCCAUGUGUAAUCGCUACUAAAACGCCUAGUUCUGAUGUUUUGGUGUUUGAUUAUACCAAACAUCCAAGUAAACCUGAUCCAUCUGGUGUAUGUCGACCGGAAUUACGUUUAAGAGGGCAUCAAAAAGAAGGUUAUGGUUUAUCAUGGAAUCCAAAUUUAAAUGGUUAUUUGUUGUCUGCAUCGGAUGAUUAUACUAUUUGUAUGUGGGAUAUUAAUGCAACUCCAAAAGAAGGUCGUAUUAUAGACGCUCAAACUAUAUUCACUGGUCAUACAAGUGUUGUAGAAGAUGUCAGUUGGCAUCCAUUACAUGAAUCUAUAUUUGGUUCAGUUGCUGAUGAUAAAAAACUUAUGAUAUGGGAUACACGUAGUGGUUGUACAACACGUCCUAGUCAUACAGUUGAUUCACAUUUAGCUGAAGUUAAUUGUUUAUCAUUUAAUCCAUUUAGUGAAUAUAUAUUAGCCACUGGUAGUGCUGAUCGAACUGUUGCACUAUGGGAUUUACGUAGUUUACAAAUGAAAUUACAUUCAUUUGAAUCGCAUAAAGAUGAAAUAUUUCAAGUUCAAUGGUCACCACAUCAUGAAACUAUUCUUGCUAGCUCAGGUACCGAUCGACGUCUACAUGUUUGGGAUCUUAGUAAAAUUGGUGAAGAACAAUCAGCUGAGGAUGCUGAAGAUGGACCACCGGAAUUACUGUUCAUUCAUGGUGGACAUACAGCGAAAAUUUCAGAUUUUUCAUGGAAUCCAAAUGAUGCAUGGGUUAUUUGUUCAGUAUCUGAAGAUAAUAUAUUACAAGUGUGGCAAAUGGCUGAGAAUAUUUACAAUGAUGAAGAACUUCCACUGACCAUUGAAAAUGAAUAGAUUUAUAUUCAAUGUCCAUUUCACACUUUUUUCCCAAUUUUUUUUAUCUACACAUCACUACUAUCAUACUUAUUUACUAAAUGAAAAAUAAGAACAACUUAUGUAACUAAUCUGAUGUUUU